UAGGAAUCCCCCUAUUAUCUUGACAUGGUUUAGAUAGUUUAGUAUUAAGGGACGACACCUUUAGUCUUUCUUCAUUACAGUGAUAUGACGAUAAAGCGUGCAGUUGACACUGUGGUCUGUGACGAUCAAGGUCUAUGAGGGUUUGAAGCCUCAAUCAAUCACUAGUAUAGAAACACCUCCAUAGGAAACUCUAUUUUAUGGAACGGAAGAUCUAACAAGGCAUUGUUUAGAAACUGGUUCAAGUGUUAUAUUGAAGCAUCCCAGGAAACAAAUGUUUCCUGUAUUUUGAUAUUGCAUAAACGUGGUAUCGAGGAAUUUCCAAGCAGUUGCAGUGUUUACUGCUGUUGCAUUGUUUUCAUAUGAUAAGGACAUAAUUUGUAGUGAUUUAGUUUUGGUGUUAUUGUUUGAACUAUGGAGGGUAGUUUUACUACUCUUCAAUCUCCUCCUUGCUCUACUAGCAUGUACAGUAAUGGACAGCCAGUGUGUGAAAUGUUAUAUAGCCAGGUCAAGGUAGAACCGGACACUCACUAUCCAUCUAAUGGCUACAGUAGGCAGGCCAUGAGACCAGACCAUUUCUCAGACAGUUGCAGACAGAAUCGCUAUAAUGGGCAUAAUCUUCGUAUGGAUUGCAUGAGGCAGGACAGUUCAUCUAACUUUUACUCAGAUACCCAGAGCUCAUGCUCCAAAAUGUCCCCCCACUGUGGUGGCAGCCCCCCUGGCUAUUCCUCUUAUCCUGUUUAUAAUAACAAUUCUAUGCAAAGUCCUCUGUCAUGUGCACUUGGAAUGCAAAGACCAAGAAAGAGUCAAGGAAUGUCAAUUUGGGCAAAAACCCAGUUGUUGCCCCAAGAACUCCUCAAACAUGUGUCGAGUUUGUAUGAGAGUUCACAGAUCCCGAUUGAGGUUCGGCAUUACUUUGCUGACUGGAUAGAGGAACAGCCAUGGGGACAGAUUGACGAGAGCAAUCCUACACAGCGAGACCAGCUGUUUGCAGAGCAGCUUCUGAACAAACUCAUAGAAGAAAUAGAAAACAAAUCUGCAGAACUUCCACAGCAAAAUGAGUACUUCUUACUCAAGCUCAAGUUUCAGGAAGUGGCAAAUCAGUUUAGGUCGCAGUACUCCCAGAGUCCGCUGGAACUCGUACGUACGAUCAAGAGGAACCUGGCAACAGAGGAAGCUUUGGUCCGUCAACAUGAAAACCCUGAUGCAUCGCCUACAACAGUUCCAAUGCCUGGUUUUGACAAAGAUAAACUCAUCAUGUCCAAGAUUGAAAGUGUUGGAGUGCAAGUAUCUGAGUCGGAGAGGAUGGUCAAAGAGCUAACAGAUAAACAGGAAGUGUUUACAAUUAACUACCAAAAACAGCUUCAGAUCAACAGUCGAUUAAAUCAGACAUGUUCAGAGAAAUACCUAGCUACCCUGUCACCAGAGGAAAUUCAGCGAGUGACAGAGAUGAGAAAAAAUCUGGAAAAGCAGAAAAAGGACUUUGAAUCUGUGUUAGCUAAGGGAGCUCAAACGCUCAUCAAUGCCAGAGUGGAGAUUGCUGAGAAGUUGAGUAAGAAUUUUGAGGCUCUUGAGGAGGUAAGACAUCAGGUGGUCGACCAGGAGCUGAUAGAAUGGAAGCGUCAACAGCAGCUGGCAGGAAACGGAGCCCCAUUUGAUCCUCAGUUACUGGAUAACUUACAGAAAUGGGUUGAGUCCACGGUGGAUCUGGUGUGGAGGAGCAGACAACAGGUGAUUAAACUGGAAGGACUGUGUAGCAGCAUUCCACUCCAGCUGCCAAACGGGAAAGAUGAAGACGUGUCAGUUCUAAACAAUAAAAUUACCAGCAUUCUGUCUUCCAUUGUGACAAGCACAUUUAUUGUUGAACACCAGCCUCCACAGGUUUUAAAGAGAGAUUCUAGAUUCAGUGCUCGGGUUCGUCUUCUGGUGGGAGGCAAACUAACCAUCCACCUGACCCCUCCAACUGUGACUGCCUCCAUUAUCAGUGAAGCCCAGGCAAAGCUUUUGUUGAGGGGCCCCAAUAGACGUCCAGAGAAUAACUGUGGGAAGAUCCUCAACAACUCAGGCACAAUGGAAUUCCAACCUCAGAAAGGAGAACUCAGUAUCGAGUUCAGGAAUAUGAUUCUGAAGUCAAUUAAAAGAGCAGAGAAGAGAGGAACAGAGGCUGUGACAGAGGAGAAAUUCUGUAUUUUGUUCCAAAGUUCCUUCCAUUUAGGAAUGACAGUAAAUGAGCUACAGUUUGAGGUUUGGACUAUCUCCCUGCCUGUAGUUGUGACUGUCCAUGGCAACCAAGAAUGUAAUGCUGUAGCAACGGUUUUAUGGGAUAACCAGUUUAGUGAACCAGGAAGGAUGCCAUUCACUGUACCUGACCAGGUGCCCUGGCCAGAUCUAGUCAAGUUACUGGACAUCAAGUUUAAAUCCAUGGCAGAGAGAGGACUCACUUUGGAAAACAAGCAGUAUCUAGCUACCAAGCUGUUUGGGGGAUCAAUUGAUGACAACUUUUCCCAGAAGAUGGUGACCUGGAGUGCAUUCAACAGAGACCCGCUGCAGUCCAGAAAUUACACAUUCUGGGAGUGGUUCUAUCAGGCCAUGAAGCUCACUAAGGAACACAUGCGUGGUCCAUGGAAGGAAGGAUAUAUUAAUGGAUUCAUCAGCAAACUGGAUUCCCAGCGACUUCUGGAGAAAUGUAACGUGGGAACUUUUCUCCUGCGAUUCAGUGACAACUUCAUCGGUGGAAUCACUAUUGCUUGGCUAGCUGAGGAUAAAACUGGUAAAAAACAAAUCUGGAACUUGCAGCCAUUCAGUGGCAAGGACUUCCAAAUCCGCGGAUUAGCUGAGAGAAUUAACGACCUGCCUCAGCUAUUGACUCUGUAUCCAGAUAUACCAAAACAGAUCGCAUUUAGCAGAUUCAUGACACAAACAACACACCAUCCUGGUAUUGGGACUGAUGGUUACAUCCCACAUAACCUGAGAAUGGUACCUGAUACAACAGACCUGAACGAUAUGAACGGAUUUACCAUGUCCCCUGAGAACCCCCUCACUCCUCAGCCACUUGAGGUCAAUGAGACAGACUCCAUAGCAACAUGCCUGUCCCCACAGAGCAAUGUCUGUACUACCACUGCUGAUGGGACAACCCUGAUGGAUUUGGACCAGUAUGAAUUACAGGAGCUACCAGGCUCAGGAAUGGAUUAUAAUGCUGAUAAUGUGUUUGAGUUGAAUGAUCAAGACUUUAAUGACAUCAACUUCACCAGGCUCCUGGAGUCAGCAGGUGCCAUGUUUUCAACUCAGAACAACAUAAAUGGCAAUAUGAACACAAUGAAUGGUUCCCCUAACUGAGUACACAGUUAAGUCACUGAAGUGACUUCUUCAAAUAAAUAUACAGUUAAGACAUAUUGUACAGAGUGAAUGGGUCCCUAACUGAAUACCAGGGUAAAAAGUGUACCAUAGGAAUGCCCCUCCAAAGUUGAAUAACACAGUGCUGUGAAAGUGUUAAGUGCACAUGGGUUCCCAGAUUUAUUAUCAUUUAUGACAAUGUACAGUUUGUGUUGAAGCAAAAACUCUAUACUGCUUUUGAUUAAACAUGUUUCUUCAUCAUAAGAGGUUUUUUUAUAAUAUAAAAAUAUCAUCAUAAUUUCAAAGUCUUGAUUAUAAUAGUUAAUUAAAAUGUAUAACUAAUUGUGAAUUAUGGUGUAAAUUGUAUCAAUAAUCUAGAUAUGUACUUCAUGUUAUUUUUAUAUAUCCAACUAAAUGUUGAUUGUAGGGUUCACUGUUGAUGAAUUUGGCUUUGUUAGAGGCCGGUAAUAAAUGUAUUUAAACAAAUAAUGUGUACAAGUAAGGUUUUUUUGACAACAACACACACAUAAAAUCUUUAUAAUUAAAGCAAUUCAAAAGUAUGUUCUCUGCAUCAGUAUAUUAUUUUACCUUAUAAACCAGGGUUUCAUAUGCACAAUACUUUGAGCAUCAAUCAAAAAUCAUAUGAUUAAAAAUUAUUUGGAAAUGUUCAUUUAAAAUAUGUUAAUAAUUUCUGAGGUGUUUUGUGCUUGAAACUUUAUCAAAAUGUGCUUUGCUUUGAUUGGAAAUGCCUAUCUAUGUAUUUAAUUUAUGUGCAAGAUUUUAAAUCUAUUUCUUCAAAUAUGCUUGUUUUAAACUUUUUGGCUCUUGUGUAUGAUUACAUCUGUUUUUAUAUAUGUGCUAUUUUGUUCAGUUUUUUAUGCAGUGAUACAGGAAACUUUUGACCAUUAUGAGCUUUGUGUGAUAUAGUAAAGAUGAUAAAUCCCUGUAACUUCACUGCUUUGCUGUAUUUUACCUGUCAGUGAGAUUGCAUCAGUUCUAUAUAUAGAAAGUUCCUAUUACUAUGUUAUAAAUUUAAUUGUUUGUUACAUAUUUUCAUGUGUGUAGGUUUGACCUGGAUCUUUGUUUCAUACAAUACACAGAUAGUAAAUCAUUCUAACCUGUUUAAAUAUUUUCACACUAUCCUUACAGUUUUCUUUGAAACAGUACUGCUUGUCAGAUAUGCUCUUUUAUUAGCCAAUUAUGAUAUUUAUUGCUAUCAGCUUUUUUAAAUUUGUAUUGUAUUUGGAGUAUCUAUUUUUUUUUGUUUGGUUUGUUUAUCAAUGUGAUGUUUACAAGCUAAUGAUACAACAGAAAAUUAGUCUUAUUGGUUUCUUGCCAGGAUACCGAGGCCUCAAUCUUUGUAAAUUUUUGUUCGGCAAUGAGGACUUUCAUAUGAAAUAACAUUGUGCAUAUAUAAAGUGUUUUGUUACCUUUUAUAUUAUAUCAUGAGAAUUGACUCUUUAAUUAUUUAUUUGGUUUUCAACCAUUAGUUCAUUUUUUCUCUAUUAAACAUAUCUUUUUUUACCCUAUUUUGAGCUUGUCCUAUAACAACAUUCAUUUUUUUAUGACAUAAAACAUUUUUUACAACAUUAAAUUUUAAGCACAGUAGAAGUACCUUCUAUGAUGAGUUUAAAAAUUAUUGAUUAUAGGCAAAUGUUUAAGGAAAGUAGUAUUUACUAUUAAGGAUUGGUUUAAGACUUUUGUGAGGUUUUUGUAAGGUAAUAGUAAUCCUAGCAUUACCUGAAAGAGAUUGUGAACAGUGUAUUGACCAAGUUUCAAGUAGAAGUAUGGAAUAGUGUGUCCAUGAUUGAACAACAAGUACUCCUUAUAGUAAACAAGGGGGGGGGGUUAAAUGUGUAGCUUACAAGAUUAGAAUAGAUAGGUCAUUAUUUCAUGGAGAAAGAUUUAUUUUUACUGAUGUUUAGGGUGAUUCGUUUAAUAUAAAUAUUUGUGCCAUAUUUUUUUUUUUGUACAUAGUCUAUUGAGAAUCGCUGUAACCAUUGUCAUUGGGAAUUUAGUGUUGCUUUUGUGAUCUGAAAAGGAAUGCUUCAAAAAAUUGCACAAAAUUAUAUGACAGUAUAUUAAGUAAAAUUUGUUAAGAAGAGUGAUUAAUAUUUAAAUUGUUUUCCCAAAUAAAAUAAAGGUAUAUUU